CUGCUUCAUUUUACUCGUCAUCAGCCUGCCAGAGCCAAAAGGCCUGUUGCAGCACAGAAAUUGGAUCCUUUAGUGGGGUGGUUGGAGGGCAUGGGGUCAGCAGAUGUCAGUGGUUUUGUUUACUGAGACAGCAAAAUGGUUUCACAGCUGGAAAGUGCAAUGGAAAGCCUGAUUAAAGUUUUCCACACAUACUCUUCCAAAGAAGGAGACAAGUACAAACUGAGCAAAGCUGAACUCAAAAGCUUGCUUCAGGGUGAACUCAAUGACUUUUUAUCGGCGAGUAAAGACCCUAUGGUUGUGGAGAAGAUUAUGUCUGAUUUGGAUGAAAAUCGAGAUGGAGAGGUGGACUUUCAGGAGUUUGUUGUAUUGGUCGCUGCUCUCACAGUGGCAUGCAAUGAAUUCUUUAUUGAAAGCAUGAAGAACUAAAUGUCAUGUCUUGAUACUGUAUGUCUAUUCUCAGUUUUGCUGUCUUUUGCAGAAGACCAUUUUGUAAAUGCUAUUUAUCUGCAUGUGACUUUGAUAAGAUGAAAUGAAAAUAAACAGCUGGAAAUGUAAA